UUCCUAUUAAAAAAUAUAACAUCAAAAGUCUAUUGAUUUAUGUUACCCUUCAUUUAUGUUGUCCAAUAUUGAAGAUGUCAUGUAAAAUAAAGAUAAAGUCUUAAAUGAAUUUAUAAAAAAAAUACAUAUCUCAUUUCUCAUUUUACAUAGAUGAAUUAUGUUUAAUAUAAAAACUAAUAUCACUUAUGUUCUCUGCAGUGAUAUCGUUAUAUGUCUGAAUGUAUUACUCAUAUUAUUUGCAAUGAAAUAAGUUGAAUUUGAUGGUGCGAAAAAGAAAAGGAAAAAGAAAAAAAGAAAAGCAUGAUAGCAUUGUCUUGUAAAAUAAAUAUGAGAAUUAAUUGAAAUAAUAUCUCUCUCUGUAUCUUUGUAGUUGUAAUUAUUAUUUGAGAUUUAUUUAGUCUUUCUUUUUUUCUUUUUUUUUUUUAUUUCAAACUACUUUUGUCCUCCGGUAACACUUUUUGUUUUUUUUUUAAUAAUUGUUUCAGUUUUAUAUAUACUUUAGAUAUAUCUACAAGCAACACACAUGGCUAGCGAAACUUUAGAUGCUAGUAAUGACCUGUUAAACUACAUAACCAUAUUUAAAGCCGUUAAAAAUUAUCAUUUGACGAAUGAUAAUUAUUAGCAUUCUUACAAGAGAGAUCCAAAACAACUCAAUAGUUUGAUUAGUGAAUUAGGCUUGAACAUUAAUCAGAACAAAGUGGAAAAUGGAUUGGCUUUCAAAUAUUUGUACUAUUGCGAUCAUUUUCUUUGGUACCAUAAUUUGUCACGCAUUUGCUCUCUCGAUCAGUCUACACGAUGUGGAAUGCGUAUCAGAGCAUGUUCCAUAUGAAGGUGAUAUUAUUUCUGGAAACUUUGUCGUCAUGGACCACGAUAUAUUUUGGAGCUCGGAUCACCCUGGAAUUGAUUUUACGGUGACAUCUCCGGGAGGAAAUGUGAUUCAGUCUUUGAAGGGAACAUCAGGGGACAAGUUUGAGUUCAAAGCCACACAAAGUGGAAUUCAUAAGUUCUGCUUUCAUAAUCCUUUCUCUACGCCAGAAACUGUAUCCUUCUAUGUCCAUGUUGGCCACAUUCCAAAUGAACAUGAUUUAGCUAAAGAUGAGCAUUUGGAUCCAAUUAAUGUGAAGAUUGCUGAGUUGAGAGAAGCAUUGGAAUCUAUUAUAACAGAACAAAAGUACUUGAAAGCACGUGAUGCUAGACAUCGACAUACAAAUGAGAGCACUAGAAAACGUGUUGUCGUUUACACACUCUUGGAGUAUAUUUUAUUCGUCACUACAAGUAUAUUGCAAGUGGUAUACAUUCGUCGACUCUUCAGCAAAUCAUUUGCUUACAAUAGGGUGUAGACUUACUUCAACAAAAAUUGAUAUCUUUUAUUUACAAUUUUAAUUAAAUACAACAAUUUUAUUUUUGUUUAUAUUUGAGAUUAGAUGAAAUAUAUUAUAACUUUGUCUUUGAUA